AUGGUACUACGCUUACAGGCGAACCAGCGCCUGUUCGAAGAUUGUCCCGAGUGUCUUCGGGCCUUCUCUUCUGUCAUGGAUGCCAACUUGAGUUUGUUCAAGACAGCAAUCGUUGGAGACGCUUGGGGAGACCUGGCUGUGCCUCUCAUUCAAGCCAAUCCGGCCGUCGCGCUCCUCUUCGUGGGCUCGCAGCUGACAUUGGUCUUCGGGGUGUUGAACGGCAUCGUUGCAGUGGUGGUGGAGGCUUUCGCAGAGGCUCGCACCCACGAUGUCUUGGUGAUAGCUGAUGAGAUGGAGAAAGACUUUGAGAAAGAUGCGGGGCUACUGUUGAGGAGGUUUACUGUGAAUUACCGGCAGCAGGAUACAAAGCUCCUGCAAAAGCUCUUUGCACGGCUGGACAAGGACAGCAACGGAAGGCUGACAAUGGAAGAGCUACGCCAGGGCAUGAAGGGAGACUCGGAGUUCCAGAGCCUCCUUCGGGUGAUGGACAUGUGCGAGGCUGACCUGGAGCAGCUUUUUGAGAUGUUUGAUGUCGAUGGCUCUGGGUCUAUCGAUGCGGCGGAGUUUGUUGGCCCCCUGCGCAACUGGGCACACGACUCUAAGACGGUACCGCGACUUCUGAAGGACAGCCUGCUCAGGGCCCUGGAGCAGCAGGAGGAGCUUUACGACUACACAUCGAGGCAAUUUGAGGCUUUGAAGGGGCAGAUGGAUAUCCUCACAGCCGCCGUUGAACGUGAGUCAGGCUCGAGUUCAGAGCAUCCCAAGAACUUAGAGGCCUUGUUAUCAGCCGCCCAGGUGAGACGCCAGCAUUUAGAGGCCAAGACGGAGGGAACUAUCAACUCAGAAAGACCAGGGCCAGGAAAAGGUCUCAGGGCACUUGGGCAGAGGUUGGCUAAGAGAGGAAAGGUCACUUGUCAGCUCCAAGCCAUGUAUUUCAGCAAUGUCUCGAGGGGGAGCGAGCCAAAGAGCAGUUUCCCAGCACAGGACGCGGCAGAGGAUGAGGGGCACGGGUCCAAUGAUGACAGAGUUGCCCUGAGCUUCUAG